AUGUCGGUAUAUUCAGGCUUCACAACAAGGUAGCAGGAGACUUUUUACAAUAAAUUAGUUGAGAAACUUUUAGAUCUGAUGCAAACACGUCUUAUCAAAUUCUUUAAGGGUGAGCAGUUAGUCGAUGAUGCUAGAUGGGCUAAGCAGAUGAAAAAAAUACACAAGUGUCUAGUAGUAAUGGACAAAAGUAAAUACCUUAUUCCCAAGUAUUCAGAGACAAUUGAUGGACUUGCCACUUAUCUUCACAUUAAUUUCGUUUAGCCAGAUGGAGAGGCUUAGAGCACAAUGACAAGUGAUGUGUCUCUAAUUGUAGAUAACAAGUCUGAUUUUUCACAAAAAGUUACUUCUACUAAAUCAAAUACACUCAGCAAAAUAACCGAUUUUUCCGUUCCUAUUCAAAAGCCUCCUCUAUCAUAAACAAACUAUCAUAAGGAAAAUUUAAUAAGCAUUCAAGAUCAUCAAAAUAGCAACAUUCAUUAGGUUUUUAACCCUUUCAAGGGUAUGAACAGCCAUCUGGUAGCUUCAGAAGAUAAAAGGACUGCACAUUAGAAAGUAAAUAGUGGCAGUUUUGGUGGAACUGGUAACCUAUCUUAAAUAUAAAAUAAAAGCUAACUUGAUAAGGAAAAUUCAUCUACAAAAUCAGCUGGCAUUAACCCUAAUUUAGGUUUGCAAAUUCAAUUGAAUAAUAACAGCUACCAGUUAGUAGGUUCUAGUGGGGCAAAAUCAGAGAACUAAUAUGACGCAUCUCCAAUUGAUUAAGCCUAUAGCAGUGGAAGCUAACGAACUUCUCCCAAUAGCAGAAAAUACGAAUAAAUUCAAAUGUAUAACAUGAUGAAUGCCUAGUAGUAGGCUUAAUAUAAAAUGAUAUAAUAGCAAAAGAUAUCUAAGGUAUCACAACAUACUCCAAACUCUAAUAUGAGUGGUUUGAUUGAUGAAAAUAAUAAUAUCUUAGAAGUUCAUGAUGAAGAAGAAGAUGAGGAAAAUUAUGAGUAGACUCCUGCUCUAACUAAAAUCAGAAAAGCUAAAUCUAGAGAUAAUUAAUAGCUUCAAAAGUCUCUAAUUGUCAAGAAUAAAAAUGAGGAAUUCUAAGUUUAAGAUCCUAGGAGUUCAAGAAUGGCUAGCAUGGCAAUAGCUAAUCAAUACACCAUAUCAAAACGUUCCUCAGAUUCUAAGACUUCUGAAAAUGCAUCCCGUAAGUACUCAUCAUAGCCAAGAGGAUCCUCUCAAGUAAGAUCUACCUAAGGAGAAGUCCUGCCAGAGAUUAUCAUUAGGAAUCCAUAAAAUAAUUCUAGUAGAAGAUUCCCAAUGCGAAGAAAGCUAUCUUCUAUAAGUUCGCAAUCUUCAAAGAGCUUGAGAUCAUUGCUGGGGUCAAGCAGAUCAAUAGUCAGAGAUAUUCCAGAAAUAAAUCAGAUAUUAAAGAAAAAGCGCAAGAAGUCCGCUAGAAGAGGCUAGUAAAAUACUCUGGGAUACUCAGAUCAUCCAGGGUAUGUAGUGAGUAUGAACACUAGUGGAUAUCAGAAACAGCUCCUUCAUGGCAACUUCAAAUCCAAAUAUCUGAAAAAUGUGAUCAACAUUGAUGAAACCUCUUCAAAGUAAAAUUAUGGAGUUAACCCCUAGAUUUCCAGGGAUCUCGAAAGCCUGAAUCAAAUUAUGAAUCAAUCUGAGAAUCAAUUCAAAAUUUAAACUAAACGUAAUAAAAAGUUUAAGAAGUAGAACAAAAGUAUGAACAAAUAGUAAAUUGUAUAGUUUGCCUUUUGA